AUAUUUUAGUUUUUUUUUCUUAUUUGGGAAUUUUCUCCGUCUUCCACGCCUGGACGCGUCUCUGAUCUCCCAUUCUCUCCGUUUCUUUCUUCUUCCGGUGACUCGCGACUGUUCCAGGUAGCCAUCGUCUGCAAUCUUGACUUCUUCGAAGACUGACUAGGCAUAAUAGGCUACAUUUUGAUUGCCUCCCUUCUUUCGAGCAGCUUCAAUCUGACAGGAAUAAAGUCUUUAGGAUUUCAUAAUGCAACGGUUGGUAAAGAUCGCGAGGCUAUCAUGUCCCUCCAGAACAAACUUUUGCAGUUAUGGCUCUUGUUCUUCCCAAUUCACGGUGGCAGCAAAAAAGCAUCGCAGCAUUUCUAUUCUGCCAGGGAAUUUUGAUAAAUUGCAGAAAAAUGUUCUCCCCGGUAACUUCUUGAAAUGGAGCUCGCUUGGUUUCUGUAGAACAUCGAGAUUCGCCACUGGGUUCAAUCCUUUGCAGCCAAAGCCACUUGACUCGAUUAUGGACGUUGAGAGGGCAAAGACCAAAUCUGCUGAGGAACUUGCUGAAAUAUGGAGUGAUUACCACAUGGGAAGAGGUCAUAUUGGAGCUUCAAUGAAAGCAAGUUUAUACCAUCUUUUGGAGCAAAGAUCUGGAGAUUGCCGAUAUUUUGUGAUCCCACUUUGGAGAGGGACUGGCUACUCAACAAUGUUCGUACAAGUACAGACACCACACAUCCUCAUAACCGGGCUUGAAGACUACAAGGCAAGAGGAACACAAGCCUCCCCAUACUUCACCAUUUCUUACUACACAGAAUUCGCCGAAAGCAAGGAUCUGGUGCUUGUCCGUGGGGAUGUUGUCUUUACCAGCAAGCUCAGUGAUUCUGAAGCCAAAUGGCUCUUGGAGACCACACACUCCUUUUACCUGAACGACACGAGGUACAAACUUGUCGAACGCUUCAACAAAGAAACACGCAAGUUUGUGUUCGAGGAUGUUUUGCGUGCGUUGGAAAUGCCCAUUCUGUAGCUGAAGUGGAAGUAUUAGUACAUGUUGAAGUCUGAGUUUGGGCUUUGCAAAUGUGAUCUUGUUGUGCAUUUGCAUGAGUGUUUCAUGGUGAAAAUGUCCAAAAUGCCCUCACGGUUCCUUCAAGGGUGGAUCGGUUCACUGACUUCACUCUAACUGGAAGUUCUUAUGUCAAGAUGUUUCUGGUAUGUAGUCAUAAGAAUAAAUCACGAUUUGGUGUUAAAAGCUUCAGAGAUUUCCUUUC